AUGGGUUCCGCAGCGGAAACCCGCGCGGGCAUCCGCGUAUGCGCGCGCUUUCGUCCGCAGAACAAGCUGGAACAGAAGCACCAGGCUGUGGAAUGUGUGCGUCUAGAAGACAACACUGUUGCACGUGUGCACAGCGAGGCUCGCGGCGCACCGGACGAUCACACGUUUACCUUCGACCAGGUCUUUGGAACCAAGUCCUCGCAGCUGAACGUAUACGAAGCGACCGCCAAACCGUUAGUGGAGUCUGCCCUGCGUGGCUACAACUGCACAUGCUUCGUGUAUGGACAGACAGGGUCGGGCAAGACCUUCUCCAUGGAUGGUGUACCAGGCGACAAGGACUACGAAGGCAUCAUCCCACGCGUCAUGGCCGAUAUCUUUGACGGUAUCCAGAGCAUGCAGGCAGACCUCGAAUUUAUAGUACGAGUCUCGUAUAUCGAGAUCUACAUGGAGAAAAUCCGCGACCUACUCCAGCCCACGUCGACAAACUUAAACGUGCGCGAAAGUCGCGAGCGUGGCGUAUGGGUUGCCGGUGCCACGGAGGUUUGUUGUGCAUCCGCAGAAGAAAUGCAGUCCGUGAUGCGAUUGGGAGGAGCAAAUCGAGUCAUUUCCCCCACCAGGAUGAACAGUGAAUCCAGUCGAAGCCACUCCGUCUUCAUUAUCACUAUCGAGGAGCGGAACACCGCAACAGGGUCAAUGAAAAGUGGGAAAUUAUUUCUGGUCGACUUGGCAGGAUCGGAGAAAGUAGGAAAGACUCACGCUAAGGGCCAAACGCUAAAAGAAGCGCAACACAUUAAUAAGUCGCUCAGUGCCUUGGGUAGUGUCAUGAACGCACUUACGAGCGGCAAUGCCAACUCACACAUCCCGUACCGUGACUCAAAGCUGACUCGACUGCUGCAAGACUCACUUGGAGGUAACUCCGAGACGACACUUCUAGUGUGCGCGAGCUCCAGCAGCUUUAACAGCGAAGAAACGAUCUCCACUCUCCGGUUUGGUACUCGAGCGAAGAACAUUAAGAACAAACCAAAGAUAAACGAAGAGCGAACCGUGGCAGAGUACAAGAUACUUGUGGCCGAAAAAGACAAGCGCAUCGCCUCAUUAGAGGCCCUUCUCCGAGAAACCAAAGCCAGCAACACUGACGAACCAGUCGAUUCUUCAAUGGAAGAUCAGUUGAAGUUACUUGCAGCCAAGGUGGAAGAACUGGAAGACGAUCAAGCCUCUAAAGCAGCAGAAAUCUCCAGCCUUGAAGACCGAUGUGUCGAGUUGGAAGCGAAAAGCACAAAUCUCGAAGAAAAAGAGCGCGAGAUGUCAUUAUUUGUUGGUCGAAACGAAGAUUUCAAGAAGAAACUGGAGCUCCUGCAAAGUGAACUUGAGGCAAAGGCAAAGGAAUGCGAAGAGCUGAAUGAAAUGCUGACACGAUCGGUACUGGAAAACGAGUUUCUUCGUCAACAGCUAACUGCAAAAUCUCAUGAGCUGAAGCUUUGCACAGUACGUAUAGAGGAGCUUCAGGAGAAGCUACGCAAAUUUGAUGUCCACAUGUUGCGGUCUGCGCAAAGCGAAUGGAAAUUGGAUGAUGAAAUAUUCCCAGUCGCGCCGAUCGAUAUGGAGUCGGAGGUUGUCCAGCGAUUGCUUCGUAAUAUGCCUGAACGAGGUCGAAAGAAGAUCUCAAAAUGGUUGGGCUUCGUGCUGGAAGGACGAGAUAUUCGCUCCAACUUCCACCCCGAGAUUUCAAUUAAAGGAAUCAGCGAAGAAGCUAACCGCGAUAUGAGACGAUUGAUCGUUCCAUUGCUCAAGAACCGCCACGAUCUGAAGGUGCAAUCCUAUGUACGAACUCGUUACGUUCGGGUCUCGGACAUAAAAAUCACUUUGGAUCAUAAGCAUAAGGACGAAGUAAGACUUGAAGCUUCAAGUGAGGACACUGCAAGCGACGAUGGGGCCUCUGAAGGCUGCAAUACAGUACACAAGUCCUCACUGUUGUGGGCCAAAGGCCACCUUUUCUACGGACCGAAGAGUGACGCCUCCAGUACAUCCGUGCUUCACGCUAGCAGAGUGCUGAUCCCGUCCAAAGGUCGGUUCGCCUCUGAGCCUGUAGAACUUGGCUCUAGUAUCACCGAAUCGAAGUCAAUGCUGGAGGCACCUCGCAGAGCGUCGAAGUUGAGCCGAAAGCCGUCGCUUCCGUUCGAUGCGUUUAAUGCUCCUGGAUCGAAUUUAAGUAGCGGUGGCGUAUUUAGUCGAUUACGCACGAAGACCGGAGUGGGAGCUAUGCUUGGAGAUGUCAAGACGCGACUUAAUGCUCGUUACCACAAGAACCAUGUCCAUGAAAAUGCUCUAUGCGAUGGCUGCGGUAUGAGCCCCAUUGUUGGUGGCAAAUGGAAGUGUAACACUUGUGAUAACUACGAGCUGUGCGACGGCUGCUAUGCUGCUGGAAUCCACGGCUUCGAGGUCAACAACGAGUUGUGUCGUCGUGUGGAGCAGCUUGCAGUACAGAAGCAUCGUUUGCUUGGCGAGUAUCCAGAGCUGCUUGAGCUCUUUCGUAACCAUAUCUGCCACGACCAUGUCAUCCACUUCAGGCGCGUUGUGGAAUGGCUCUGCGCGAUUGUGUCGGGUGCACGUUCGCAAACGAUUUACCACAAGAUGAUCGUGAAAAGCGGACUCCAUCCCGACAUUCGGUCGCGUUUAGUGGCACAGCUUGGAGCACUAGCUAGCGAACGCACUGACAUCUCUUUGAAGACGGAGUGGUUUGUAGAGAUGACUCCGGAGGAAGAAGCUGCGGGAUCGGACGACGCAGCGUUCGAUUGGAGACACUGCGAAUGUAUCUGA